UCCAAAGGUUAUAAAUUCCUCAUGACAUCAGAAAGCUGUACAAGGAGUGUAGGGGAUGUGGCAGGGGGUAACUGCACCUUUCUGUCAAGCUUUAAUGUCUGUCUUGCACUGCCUGAAGAAAUACCAUGCCCUGCUUGGGGAUAGACUGGAUGAAGAAUUAAAGCAGGGGGAGCCUUGACUGAAGAAGGAAAGCUAUAGACACAUGACGCAUUAACAAAACUUCGGGGGGACAUUAAUAGAUACACUGGUCAGCUAGUCCAUCCUGGAUGCAUCAGAUGGGCUGCACGAACUCCUGAGGAAAAUUUUGAAGAUGCUUUUGAAAACAUCCCCGUGGCAUCCAAGAUGGAUCUCAAGUGUGCUCUGGAAGAAUGUUCAAUGGCACUGAACUUAUUUCUAAACAAUAAGUUCUCUGAAGCCCUGGAACUGCUUCGUCCAUGGUCUAAAGAUAGUAUGUACCAUGCCCUCGGGUACAGCACUAUUUUAGUUAUGCAGGCUGCUAUGACCUUUGAACAGCAGGAUAUACAAACAGGAAUUUCUACAAUGAAGGAAGCUUUGCAAACCUGCCAAAGGUUCAGGAAAAGGAGCACAGUGGUGGAAUCCUUGUCCAAUCUAGUUUCUAAACAGUCAGCGGAACAGCUGAGUGAAGAGGAAAUGCAUGCUGAAAUCUGCUAUGCUGAAUGCUUACUACAGAAAGCAGCUCUCACCUUUGUACAGGAUGAAAAUAUGAUCAACUUUAUCAAAGGUGGCCUCAAAAUUAGGACGAGUUACCAAAUAUACAAAGAAUGUCAUCAAGUGCUACAGAUGACUCAGGGGAACAAAAGCAAAAAUGAAACUCAUUACCAGUUUGAAGGAGGAGUAAAACUUGGAAUCGGAGCAUUCAACUUGAUGCUGUCACUUUUACCUGGAAGGAUCCUCCGACUUUUAGAAUUUAUUGGAUUUUCUGGCAAUAGGGAGCUGGGCCUCUGCCAACUACGGGAAGGCGCAUCUGGCAGCAGUUUGAGGGCCAUUCUGUGUACUUUCACCCUGUUGGUUUAUCAUACUUACGUCUCCUUAAUCCUUGGUACAGGGGAAGCCAACCUUCAGGAAGCAGACAGUCUCCUUGAACCCUACCUCCAGAAAUUUCCAAAUGGUUCCAUUAUUCUAUUUUAUGCUGCCAGAAUAGAUAUACUGAAAGGAAAUUUUGAAAAGGCGCAGCUGAGGUUCCAAGAAUGCAUAGCAGCCCAGCAAGAGUGGAAGCAGAUCCAUCAUCUCUGUUACUGGGAACUGAUGUGGUGCUACACCUUUCAGCAGAACUGGCUUCAAGCAUAUCGGUAUGCAGAUCUGCUCAGCAAAGAGAGCAGGUGGUCAAAGGCAAUAUAUGUAUUCCAGAAGGCAGCAAUUCUGUGUAUGCUUCCAGAGGAUGAUUUGCAAAGGACUGGUGAGGACAUUGUAUCUUUAUUCAGACAAGUGGAUGGUCUAAAACAGAGAAUUGCAGGAAAAUCUAUCCCGACUGAGAAGUUUGCAGUAAGGAAAGCUCGACGCUAUGCAAGUCCUCAACCAGUGAAGCUGAUAUUACCUGCCUUGGAAAUGAUGUAUGUCUGGAAUGGCUUUGCAGUUGUGGGCAAAAGAGCAGACCUCACUGAAAACUUACUGGUAACAAUUGAAAAAGAAGAAGCUGCUCUACAAAAUGAAACUAAUUGCAAUGAAUAUUAUAUGGAUGAUGUGUGCAUGUUGCAGUUACUGAAGGGCCUCUGCCUGAAACACUUGGGAAGACUCAUGCAAGCUGAACUGUGUUUCAGUAAAGUAAUUCAAAGUGAGAAGCAAAUAAAAUAUGAUAGUUAUUUGGUGCCAUUCACCUUGUAUGAGUUGGGUCUUCUGUACAAACAACAGGAUGAGAGAGAAAAAGCAGUAAGAUACAUAGAAGCUGCAAAGAACAACUACAAAGAAUACUCUAUGGAGUCCAGGUUGCACUUCAGAAUUCAUGCAGCACUUGACAGCUUGAAAGUGUCACCUGCUUCAACACCUUGAAUGAGGAGGGAAGCUUUUAAUGCAUAGCCUACGCAAUCUUUUUGCAAUCUUUUUUUAAUCAUGGAAAAGAAACAACUGAUGAUUGUAUUCUGUCAUCUCUGCUUUGAUGUGUGUCAUUCCAUUAGACUGUUCUUUUUCUGUAUAGUACAUAUACUGUAGCUACUUGAUACUUUAAAGAAAAACUUAUAUUUUAUUUGAUAAAAAUAAUUUAGUAUUUGACUUGAAUGGGGGAUAUUUUAAAAAGUUGAUGGUGCAAUAAAAUUUAAUGCAAACACUUUAUUUUUUUAUAUGAAAGCAGAUGCUGGUUAGACAGUAGAACUGGUGAUAAUUUCUCAUUUUUUUGAAGGUCUGAUAUUCUGUAGUACACUUCAGACCUUUGCCUCUGGAACAAAAAUGCAAUGUCUGCAGAUAACCUUACACACAUUUGGCAUACCAUAUUCUGAAAUUUGUGUUCCAGAGGAAAAAAUUCAUCAGCUUUAAUUUCAUUUUGGGAACAAAAUGAACCUGUCUGAAGUGCAAUAUUUUUACACUGUCAGAUAACGUUAAGCAGGGCUACAGGUAUAAUAUAACGUCUUUGCAGGUCUGUUUCACUCAAAUUAAGUGGUUACAGGGGAUAAUUUUUCAGCCAUAAAAAUGAAGGUCUUCUAGAGACAUUAAGAUAUCACGUAUUCUGCAUUCUUGCCCUAAAGCAGAAUCAACAGUCUUACGUUGUUUCUGACAGAAUUGUUUAACCUGCUUUUCUUAAAAAAACUCCCAACAACUUUGCACUGAGAGACAUCCUGGACUUAUACAGGAUGCCUUUCCUAGUAGGAAAGCACUGGGAAGUUUUUCCUGUCUACUCCAAAUACUUUUUGGCACAACUGAAACAGUUUGCUUCCCAUCUUCCAUGUCAUGGAUCUGGAGAAAGAUUGUUCUUUUCCUUUUAUGAAACAGUCUUUUAAUAUUAAAAGAUUAGCCCCCUUAUUGAUAUUCUUUGUUCUUGGAUUCCAAACCAAAUAAAUAAAAAUUUGAAUAAUCUAUUUAUUUUCCUAAUAAUGGAAAUAACUCAUAGUAAUGCAAGUUGAUUGUGUAUCCAGUUUUAUACUUAGCAUUAAGAAAAUGUGCAUAUUCUAAUCACAACUUUCUACCAAAAAUGGGUAGUAAAAUUGAGACACAAGUGCAUGUAUUUUUCUUUUAAUAUUAGUAUAUGAACAUCAGUAUGAAAUUGAGUUUCCCAGUUCAUUAUAUAUGCAGAUUCUGCUAGCUGUCUAUUCCUAAAAAUAAGAAUAUACUUGAUUUUUAAAUAUGCACCCAAUGACUUGUUCUUUCACCAAUUAUUGCAAAACUUGCCCAUUUCUAUAUUUUAUUAAUGCCAGUAUAUUGACUUCUGCACAGUAAAUUCAUAGUAACUAUGCUCUUGUAUGUGAAUCUGUGCCCUUAACUCCCAUCCAAGAAAAAAUACAACAAAAUAAAUAGGUGAAAAAUGUGUCUUCAGUAAAUGAGUAACUGAAAGUUUCUAAUUAAGCAAUCAAUAUAAUGUAAAUGCUGUAGUUACUCUUCUCAGGUGAGUCUUCUAUGACUUUAUAAAUGACUUGAGUCAUUUAAUUGCAUAUAAAUCUGCAAUACAGUGGCAUAUUUACAGGUGAAGUAAGAGUUUGAAAAUACGAGCUAAAUAAACAUAAUGGGUCUUUCAAAGUAGAAACCUGAUCCAAAGUCUGUUGUCUGCACUGGUUUGGAUUUCUGCCUAUUGUAAAUGCAUAACUAAAUUAUUUGUGUAAAAUUAUACACAUGUAGAUUUGGAGCUUAGGUACCUGAGACACUGAAUAGCUGAAAAAAUGCAGCAUGCUUGUUUUAAAAUAUAUUCCAUUGAAUGUAGCUAAAAUACAAAAGAUAUUUGUCUCUUUGUCAACAGAGAUUAGCUCUAAUUACUUGCCCAUUUAUAUGUAUCUGAUUAUAAGCUGUGGGAAGCAAAAAUAAAAUUAUGUAUGUUAUAUUUUCAGACAAUACUUUUAAUACUGCUGGGUAUUUAUUUGUAUGUUCAGUUUAGGAUUAUUUUGGUUUAAGCGGAUUAGUGGGUUGUAGUAAUCAACUGGGACCACUUGAUUUUCUCAUGAAAGGUGUUGAAAAGUUUUCAGUAAAACUUCUGUAAUUUGAUUAAAAUAGUAAUUCACUGUACAGAGGAGUUAGAACUGGGACUACAGACUCUCAGGAUGGAGCAUGAAGUAGUCUAUGAUAUCUUGUUUUUGUGGGGAGUGUCAGUAUUUUACGGGUGAUUUGAAAUGAAAAUCACAAUUAGCGAAAAGUAAACAAUGAGCAAUGUGUCAUGUAGCAGUGUACUUUUUUUCACAGACUAGAAUACUGACUGCACAGAGUAAAAGAUACUUUUUUCUUCAGUUCAGCCUUCCAAGGUCAAUAUUAAUGCCCUGUGUGUGUUAUGCUGUCUCUUUUAAGAUCAGCCUUUUUGCACUAAUACAGAGAACGGACAUAUCAACACAAAUUCGCAAUACCCUCUGUAGUGUUUGAAUGCCCUGAGGUCCCCAGUAUAAGUCCUUUUUACAGCUUGUCUCCUUUUCUGUGCUGCUGUUCCAAAUUUGUUUGUUAGAAAGCCUAAUUGAUCAAGAGUCUUAGCUAUAUUCUGGACUUUUUCUCCAAUUUACUAACAGUGGAAAUAUAAAUGUAUGAGUGUGAUUUGUAACCCUUCACAUAAGGUAGGUCUUAGUAGAGUUUUAGAGAUGCUUUUUCUUCCAAAUGCUGCAGAAGUGCAUGUCUCCCCAACACAAUGCAUCGUUGAUGCAGUAUUAUUUAGUAUAUGAUGUCCAAGUUAAGUGAUUUGUAGCUAAGAGUUUAGAUGAAAAGUCUGGCCUUUGUUUUUAUUUUUCAUUUUUUUUUAUCCUGCUGUAUACUGUACUGGGCCUUAAAUGCAACUCUGAUUUAGUCUUAACUACUUUUUAUAAUCUUCACCUCAUUUGCUCUUGUUCCAUGGGAAUUUUGAGUAACGUGCUGAAACUUUGAAACUGAGCAGAGCCGAGCACUUAACACCUAUGAUGUUAUAACCUCUCUUGAUAAUAGUAGGAAUUGAAAUAUAUGCAAUAGCAAAGCUGAGUCCUUAAUUUAAAUAUGUAAGUUUAGCAUUGCUUGCUUAUGUUAUGACAAAAGGUCAUUCUGAUCUUUCUGAUACUAGAUGUUUGGGUUUUUUAAGGUGAGGAAUAAUAAAGAAGCCUGGUUAUAAGACAAAAUUUCUCAUUGAUUAAGAAAUGUCUACUUAGAAAAUAUCAUAGAAAACUUGUCUAUGCAUAUCAUUCAAAUGCUUAUUCUGUUGGUGAGAGAUCAUUGUAUUAUGUUUUUUAAGUCCUAGCUCACCACUUUUUAAUAAAAACUGAAAGACAAUGUAUAUUAAAAGAAAGCUAAUUAAAGAUUGUUUUAUGCCUGUUCUAAUACGCGUGGGUAGCAGCUGUAGUUAGCACCUUACAGCCAGGACAAUGUACAAUAAUCAGAUCCUGUUGUUUCUAAAACGGCUUGCCAACUAACAUGUAAAAGAAGUAUUUUCUUGUAACAAAUCCAGCUUAGACUUUGCAAUUAUUUUAUUACUAAUACUAAUGUUUAGUGUCCUUUUGUUUCUGUAUAUUCUUACACUGUGUAGUUCAACAGAGAAUGUUUAUAUUUGCCCUGGUGGUGCGGUUCAUUUACUUCUAAACUGUUGAGGUUUGGACAUGUUCAUAUCUGGUACUUGAGUAAAACCAAGGUCAGAAUAAUGGAGGAUGAAGGAUGGUGAAAUAUAUUCUGGUUUUAAGAGCAUACAGAAAUGUUCAUUGAGAUGCAUUGGAAUGGCUUCUACUUCAGAGGAAUAAAUCACAUUUUAUGCUUG